CCUUCGGAUUGGAAGUGAGGGGUGCUUACCAUCCGAGCAACACUCUCUCGUCCAUAAUAGUAGUAUUCUACCAGUUUUAAAAGGGAAAAAAAAAAGGACAGAAAACGGAUCAUAUUUGUGGAUCAUCCCGGUCUGACCGGGUUAAAUGAUCCAUGUCGUAGUAAAACCCAGAGAGAGCGACUACUCUUCUUCUUCAUCAGCUUGACUGUGAAUCCAAUUUUUCCAACUCCAGAAGAAAAUUUCUCGCAGUAGAGCAAUUCUUCUCCUUUUGCCUAAUUGGAGCUGGAGGUUUGUUAUAGGAAAAAAAAAAUUAAGCAAAUGAAGAAGCUUAUAGAGUUCGGACGAAAGGCGAUGUUCUAUAUUAGGGUUCUCUCAGGAUACGAAGAGCGUAAAAUCCGAUCCUAUCGGUUACAGCUUCAACAGCGUCUUCAACAGGCAGAAGAGAGGAAGGCGGCAGUAAGGAAGAUUCCUGAGCAGAUGAUUUUAUCAGAAGUUAGACGCAUGGUGGAAGAGAUGCAAGCUUUAAAUAAGAAGUUAGAAGAUACUGAGACAGCUAUAACUGAUUAUUUCAAGCCUUUAGACCAGCAGGCAGAGGAAGUAGUGAAAAUGCAACUAAAGGGAGAUGAGAAGAGAAAAGAUGAGAUGAUGGAGGCCAUGCAGAAGCAAGCACUUCUUGAGAUGGCUCAAGCAGAGAAACAGAAAAACAUGCAAAUGCUAAACACAAACAAACAUGUCCAAGAGAAAACAUCUACAGAGACACUCAAUCAGAAGGCAUUAUUUUGGAAAUGCAAGAAAGAGAAAUCAGGCCCUGUCCUAAGCAUCGGAUGAAUUUGUAACAAUAAGGAGUGACCAGCCUCCAUAGAGCGGAGAUAGGAUUUAGAGUUUACGAGUUCUGAAUUCUAGGAAAUACAACUUAUUCUUGAUAAACUAUGUAUACAUAUUUGAGUGGAUUUUUAACCACAAAUACAAGGAAGUUUUAUGUUCCCUGCAUUGAAGUCAUCAAGGUGUUUUAUUCCUCGCCAA